AUGGAGCCCACAGAGAUUAUAGCGUCUGUGAACCGGGAGAACACCGAGUUGCAGAACCAAAACCAUCGACUUCUCGGCAAGGUUCAAGAAAUUCAGGCUCAACUUUCUGAAGCGCAUACGCUAAACAACUUGUUCCAACAUACAUUCCAAGCCCAGGCUUUUGAGAUCUACACGGCUACUGAGACGAUCAACAACCUCCACCAUUAUAUCAACUUUCUACAAAGUUAUAUAGCUCACGUUGAACACCAAUCAGAGCAAGCAAUGCUUGCAUGCAGGCAGACGACCGAGUAUUAUGAACGAGAAAUUGCCGCCGGAAGCUGGUCGCGUCACCAGUGGAGCCAGGAAGCGGCAAAUCUCAGUUCCAGCGCAAGGGAUCUCCACCACAGUGCCUUCGCCAACUUCAAGGCUAGCAAUACAAGUGACGAACAGAAAAAGGAUCUUAUACAGAAGAUCAUGGAAAUUGAGUCUACCGUUUUGUUGAAAGAAAUCCAGAAAAACAACCUUAAGCAUGCCCUUGAGAAUAACAGAGCUCGUCUAAAGAAGGUUUGCAUCACAUCUUCUAAGAUGAUCGAGACUCGGGAUGAGUUGAAUCGCAAACUUGCCGAGACAAACGUUGUGCUUCGCUCGAAAGCGGGAAAGAGCGCGCACGCUCUUAGUGUGGCUAAGAAGGAAAAGGAAAGCUUACAAAGGAAGAUCGAGGAUGCGGAGGAGGAAUUACAAAAGUGUCGGGAAACAGAGGAGCAACUGAACGAGGCCAUCGAAAGGGAAGUACAACUUCAGCGUGAAUGCCAGCUUUCACUUGCCGAAGCAGAAGGUCUCCGAAUUUCGAAUGACUUCUACAAGCGCGAGGAUGCAAAUCAAACGCAAACUAUUUCUAGCUUAAAAAGACUAGUAGUAAACUUGCAGAAUACGGACCGGAACGAAGGCUUCACCAAAACUGUUGCCAAUCACAAGGCUGAGAUUGUGCAGCUUGUUGCGAAUCAGACCCGACUUGAAGACGAGAUUCGGAAGCAGAAAAGUAUCGUUACUAAGUCUUUAGCCAAGAUGGUAGAACAAGUUGAGAUUACGAACGAGGCAAAGAAGGAGGUGGCUACUUACAAAGGACAUGCUCUAGCUACAAGCCACUCGCUGCUAGUCAGCCUAUCGCACACGAAGUUCGAAGUUGCCAAAGAAAUUGUUGAUAAUGUUUUCGAAGGGUUAAAAGAUAUUGAUUCAAAGAAGAAGGCAACACAAGCGAUUCACACCAUCAAUGGCUAUCUUGAAAGACAACUCAAAACGGUCGAAGACUACACCACGAAUACAAUUUCAAGCAGUGCUGAGGUACGGGAACUGAUAAGAGAUCUUCAGAAUCAGACUCCAAAGGAAGCAAAGCCAGAUAAGACAGAGGGUUUCAUUGAGUAUGUACGAGGGUUGCAGCAUAGCCUCGAGGCAGAAGCUGCGGAGAAGACGAACAAGCUUGAUGUCUAG